GAAAAAUUUCAUUCAUCUUGCAGCAUUCGAUCGGGUGAGACGCGCGUGUGAUCGUCGUGAGAGUUUGCCGGAAGCGAUUUUUGUGCGGUAGUGAAUUUUGGUGCGUGCGGAAUUAGUUUGAUUGAGUAGCGGGACGGAUCGAUACGAAUUGAAAAGGUACACCUUUGUACUACCUGACGAGUGUGGGUAGUUUUGCGUUAGUUCGGCCCUCGGUAGAACAUUGGACUCAGUUACGUAAGUGGAAUGCACAGAGGAAAGUGAAGUGCCAUCUUGGUCGAUACAUCCGGGGGAGUGUACGACACGGUCCGAGGGCGUGAAAAUUUUGAGGGUUUUCCAUCGGCGAUACGUCUGCUGAGCGUGAGUCAACGGCAGCGAAGAGGAAAACUGGAUAAGUGAGCACAGGAGGACGAAAAAGCGAAUUUUACCGGAGCAUUUUUCACAUCGCUUCCAAGCAGGUUUCAGAACAAUGUUGAAGAACGCGGUUGCACUGGUGACUGGUGGCGCCUCCGGCCUGGGUCGCGCAACGGUGGAACGCCUCGCCCGGACUGGAAGUAAAGUGGUGUUGUGCGAUCUCCCCACAUCCAAGGGCGGCGACGUCGCGAAGGAAAUCGGCGACAAUGUCGUCUUCGUUCCAGUUGAUGUCCUCUCCGAAAAGGACGUUACCGCAGCGCUGGAUGUCGCCAAGAGCAAGUUCGGCCGACUGGACGUGAGCGUCAACUGCGCCGGCAUUGCCGUGGCCGUCAAGACCUUCAAUUUCAACAAAAAGGCCCCCCACAAACUGGAGGACUUCCAGCGGGUGCUGUUGGUGAACACAGCCGGAACCUUCAACGUGAUCCGGCUGUCCGCCGGGUUGAUGGGUGAAAAUGAACCCAAUCAGGACGGUCAGCGCGGUGUCAUCGUCAAUACGGCUUCGGUCGCUGCCUUCGACGGCCAAAUUGGACAGGCGGCGUACGCUGCCUCUAAGGCCGCCGUCGUUGGUAUGACUUUGCCUAUUGCCCGGGAUCUCAGCACCCAAGGAAUCCGCAUCUGCACGAUCGCUCCGGGGCUGUUCAACACCCCGAUGCUACAGGCCCUUCCGGAGAAGGUCCGAGCCUUUUUGGCCAAGACAGUACCCUUCCCGCAGCGUCUCGGAGAACCAUCCGAAUAUGCCCAGCUGGUGGAAUCGAUCGUGGAAAACCCAUUGCUGAACGGGGAGGUAAUUCGAUUGGAUGGAGCCCUGCGAAUGAUGCCCUAGACUCCGAUAUCACAUUUGAACGCAAUAAGACGAACAGAUGCAUUUAUUAGAUCCUAAGCGAGUGUAGGUAUACUUUUUCACCGGUGCCAAUCUGCUUGGCGGGCCAUUCCUCACAGGAAACUGCCAGGCAGUUGCUUGCAUAUCGUGCCUAUUUUUGUACCCAAGGAAUAAAGUUUUACUCAGAAUUUAAUUCUGUUAAUUAA